AUGGCCGAAUCUUCCUCCGAGGAUAUUAUUGUCGGCAGUGUUGGAGAAUUGGUAGAGCUGGGUAGGAGUAUAAAUGAGGUUCUGCCAACUGUGGACUCGCAGGAAACGGAAUGUGAAGGAGGUUUCACCUGGAAAAUAACAGAUUGGAACCAACUGACAGAGGAAAAGCACAUUUCGCCAAGGUUUACGGUGGGCGGGUACGACUGGGACGUUUUGUUGUUUCCACAGGGAAAUCACAACAAGGGUGUGUCCAUGUACCUGGAGCCGCAUCCGAUCCCAAGGGAGCACUCUGAGAGUGGUCAAGACUCCGAAUCAGAGGCGGUGGAGGACCCCGAUUGGCAUGUAUGCGCCCAGUUUGCGAUUGGCAUUUCGCGACCAGGCGAGGACGAAAAAUGCCAGGUUUUCAACGUGUCACACCAUAGGUUUUGCGCUACGGAUACAGAUUGGGGGUUUGCGACGUUUAUGAGUCUAGAUACACUGAAAAGACGCACUUCGUCGCGUAACUCCGGGUUUCUUGUGAAUGGCGCAGUCCACAUAUCUGUUUUUGUGCGUAUCUUGGAAGAUCCAACUGGAGUUCUUUGGCACAACUUUUUGAACUACGACUCUAAAAAGCUGACAGGCUAUAUUGGUUUCAAGAACCAAGGGGCUACCUGCUACCUGAACUCUCUUUUGCAGUCAUACUUCUUCACAAAAAUGUUUCGCAAAAUCGUGUACAAAAUCCCUUCGGAUAAAGAAUCCCCGAACGACAGCGUGUCCCUGGCCCUUCAACGCUCCUUCUACUUGCUUCAGAAGUCGCAUGAGCCUUUGGACACCGUAGAGCUAACACGCUCUUUCGGCUGGGAUACGGGUGAUGCCUUUACACAGCACGAUGUUCAGGAACUGAACCGCAUUUUGAUGGACCGACUGGAAACCAGGAUGAAAGGUACUAGCGUAGAAGGGGUCCUCAAUGAACUUUUCGUGGGAAAGAUGAAAAGUUACAUUAGAUGCGUCAACGUGAAGUACGAAUCGUCCAGGGUAGAGGAUUUUUGGGAUAUCCAGCUGAACGUUAAGAACCUCAAAGGCGUACAGGAGUCCUUUGAAAACUACGUCGAAGUGGAGAUGAUGGACGGGGAAAACCAAUAUGCCGCUCAAGAUUUUGGACUUCAAGAUGCGAAGAAGGGCGUUGUAUUUGAGAGUUUUCCACCUGUGCUUCAUUUGCAACUGAAAAGAUUCGAGUAUGACUUCAAUUAUGACCAGUUGGUCAAAAUUAAUGAUAGAUACGAAUUUCCCGAGACGAUUGAUCUUUCUCCAUAUCUUGAUCCCGGCAUUCAAAAGCAGGGCUCUGUGCCAUGUGUUUAUAAUCUCCACUGCGUCUUAGUUCACUCAGGAGAUAUUUCUGCGGGCCAUUACUACGCUAUGAUUAAGCCCAGUGUUAAAGAUGAGUGGUUCAGGUUUGAUGAUGACAAAGUUUGGAGAGUCACCAAAAAGCAAGCUUUUGACGAGAACUUCGGCCACGAAAGCCUGCCUGAUGAUAAGCUGAGAACGUUCACGAGAGAACAGUAUCAGAAUUACCUGCUUGCAAGGCAGACUAGUGCUUAUAUGCUUGUCUACAUACGGCAGGACAUGGAGGAUAAAGUUCUGGAAGACGUUGCCGAUAUUGAUGUCCCCUCCCACGUUGUUAGUAGCAUUGAGACUGAAUUGCAAGAACGCGAAAAGAGGCGCAAGGAGAUGGAGGAGAUGCAUCUGUUCACUAAAGUCCAUGUUCAUUCGUUAAGCAACUUUGUCAACUAUCAGGGCUUUGACUUGUCUCCAAACGAGAGAUCAAAGUUGUAUAAUCCCGAAUUGCAUGGGGAAGACGAGUAUGCAACGUCACUUCGAGUGUUGAAGUCGACUAAGCUCAGAGAUGUUAAAAGCGAAAUUACGAAGAGAUUGCAGCUUCCAAGGUCCUGCAGUAUAAAUUACUGGAUAAUGAGUUAUCGGAAGAAUUACACGCUGAGGUUGGAAUCAAUGUUAUACACAGAGCUGGACAACCUAUCUCUGGAGCAAGUUGUACACAAGAUGGGAAUAUCGCGAACUACUUCUGUUGAUAUAUUCGUCGAAGAGCCUUAUUUGGAACUGAGCUACUUGGAGAAGAUAAAAGGAAUCAAAAACAUGUCCCUCACAACGCUUACUUCCGAGAAAAUUAGUGAACUAAGGUUGUUGGCCUCAAAUGGGGAGUUGCCUGAUUCUUCGGAAUAUUUAAAGGACAACGAAGAUGAUUCUCAAAAUGUGUUAAUUUUUCUCAAGUCUUACGACCCAGAUGCGCCCAGCCUCAAAGGGUUUGGUCAUGCUCUGGUCAAGCAAACUGACGAAAUCUUCACUUUGGCAACGUUAAUCGGACGCAUGUGCCCUCUUGAUAAGCAAGAAAAGCUUUACGAAGAGUUUCAGCCUGAUGCUAUCGAGCCUGUUGAAAGUAAAAUGCAGUUUGUAACAUCUGAACUAGUUGAUGGUGACAUUCUAGUUUUUCCUUUGCAAGGCACAGGUUCUCAAGGCAAAUGUUUGUCCCUCUUGGAACAGUACGACUACCUCCGUUAUAGGAUCAAAAUUUCUUUGACAAGGAUCACAAAUACCACAGAGGAGUACGCUGUUACCGAUGGGAUCGAGAGUGAGCUCUCAUUAAGUGUUUGGAUUUCUGCAAAAGCCAGCUACCAAGAACUGGCGGACGCCAUUGCAAAACGGGCAGGUUUAGACGGAAGUCACAUCAGAACGUUUGCCAUCUAUGCAAAUGGCCGUUUUGCUCUGAAGUCAGAUUGCCAUAUAUCAGAUUACUUGGUAAAAAACUACUCCCGUGAUUCGAUACCGCCUUUCGAAUUUGAGGUAUUGUCUAUACCCCUGCGCGAGUUCGAGCAUUUGAGGUCAAUCAAGUUCUACUGGCUUAAUGACAGUUACGUGCAUUUUCAACCCUAUGAGUUUAGAGUGCCAAGUUCUUGCACAAUAGACGACUUUAUGGGCAAAUUACAGACGAGGCUAAAUUUUGAUGAUAAAAAGAAAUCUGAGGUUCUCUUAUGGACCAAUUGCGACUUCAAGUUUCAAGGGAUUUUGUCUCCUGAAAACGUGUUUCAAGAGCUGUCAGAGUCUUUUUUAUUUUUCGGUAGAGCUCUCCCUGAAGAACUCGCACUAGUAAACCAACUAGAGGACGCAUCAUCAGAGGCCAUGGACUCCAUGGAUGAGACAGAAGAGGAUGACCUAGCCAUCCAAAACAACAAGUCUCUUACUAUAAAGGGUAAGCUGGUAAUUGUAAUCCAAUAUUUCAAAGAUCUCGAAAACAGACAUGGAAUCUCGUUUCUGUUCAAUCUGAUUCCCGGAGAAAAUUGUUUAGGAACAAGAGACCGGUUACACGCAAAGUUUGGCUUGGGGCAAAAGGAAUUUUCUAAGAUCAAGCUUGGCAUUACUAUGAGUUCAGAGAAUGGUCUUACGUUCAAAUCUUUGCAUGGGUACACUGAUGAAGAGCUCAGUGAUAUAAUUUUGUUCGACAUACUGAAUAACCUGGAUUACAUCUGCAUGGAUCACCCUGAUCGCACUCGCACUCAGAACUACCACGGGAGACCCAUGGUUAUCAAAAACUAG